CAACAGUAGAAAAAAACACAAGAUAGAUAAAGUCAGACUGACCUACCACAUCAAGGACUCAUCGAUACCUCUCAAAAUUCAUACAUCAAUAUACCCCUAUCGAUAUACAAAAUACAUAUAAAUACAAAUGCUAACAAAUCCUAAUCGGUUUCCCGCCGUUCACUUUACUAUCAUCUAUUCUCUCUCCCCCUCUCUCUUUCACUCCGUCGCUAUGGCCGCCUUACCGGAAAACGGUACAACUAACGGAGCUCCUUCUCCUCCGACUAACGACAAUCUUAACAUCGGUUUCCAGAGGCCGGAAAUGCACACCGAAAAGCUGGCCGGAACAGCUAUAAGUUACGACCGGCAUGUUAUAUUGUGUUACAAGACGCAUGACACGUGGCCAUCACGUGUUGAAACUUCAGACUUACAUCCGUUGCCUAAGCUUCUUGCUGGAGCUCUUAAAGCUCGUAAGAAUGAUAUUCCUGUUAAGACUUUGUUGACGAUAUGUGAAGGAAAGGAAGGUACGGAGAUGUUGGAUGGAGAUGUGUUGUUGUUUCCUGAAAUGGUCAAGUAUAGGGGAUUGAAAGAACCAGACAUCACCAGUUUUGUGGAGGAAGUGAUUGUGAAUAGAAAACCAUGGUCUACAGGAGUUCAGGAGACCAUGACAGGUUCACAUAUAUUUGUCUGUUCGCAUAGAAGUCGUGAUAAAAGAUGUGGCUUUUGUGGACCGAUAUUGAUAAAAAAGUUUAAAGAGGAGGCUGAAGUAAGGGGUCUGGAGAAUGUGUCUGUGACUGCUUGCUCACAUGUUGGGGGACACAAAUAUGCAGGAAACUUGAUCAUUUAUACUGUUCGAGAUGAGAAAGUUUGUGGUCACUGGUAUGGUUAUGUUACCCCAAAUGAUGUGGCUGAUUUGCUUGACAAUCACAUUGGAAAGGGUGAAAUUAUUGAGAGGAUUUGGAGGGGCCAAAUGGGCAUUCCCCCCGUCAAGAAAGCUGAACAGACAAUUGAACAAAAACUUCCAAAUGGAAAUGAUUUGAAGGUCAAUGAGCAGAGUAAUAAAGCAAGCAAUACCAAAGAAGAGACAGAAAACGGGGGAGGCUGCUGUCAAGGUACCGCCAAUGGGUUCUCGUGCUGCAGAGACGAAAUGUCAGGAACAGAAAAGGAGGUAAAGAAAGAAUUCAGUAAACUUAAUAUCUUCACGAGAAAAUGGGAGAAACAUGAGGUGCUUACAACAGCUGCAGUAAUUGGGGCGGUCGUAACUAUUGGUGUGGCCUACAGCUUUUAUAAAAGGGUGAGAUGAGAAGUGGUCACAUAUCUUUUGGUUGUCGGUCUAUUCUUGCUUUGCUUUUGUGGGAGAUGUGUAUAUAUGCUUACUGUGGUAAAACAAUCUUCAAAAAGCCACAUAUUUGUGAAGGUAAAGCACACAGAACACAAAGCAUUCCGUGUGUUUCCAGUUGUAUAAAGUAUUUAUGAAGGUAAGAACAUGAAACGUAACACUUUUGUGGUACCAGUUGUUAUGGUACUGAUGCACUUACCUUGCUACAUGAUGAUGUCCCAAAUGAUUAAUGAUAUAGAAAGGUGCCUAUUUUGGAUUGCUA